UGUAAGUGCCCCGCAUUGCGUAGGUAGAUAUCAAAUCGAAUGAGAUAUGACGAGAUUUGAUGUCAUUCAAUUCCAUGGCCACCAUUGAUUGAUCAUUUAUAGACAAAACGUACAUAUCGUUCGAUACACUUGAACGAACUCUAUAAGCUGCUUUAGACUUCUUUGUUUCAACUCAUAUUCAAAACUAUAGGAACAGAUCUCCCGCUACUCACGCACCUUACCUCUACCGAAACACACCAAAUUAGUCCAAGGCGAUUAUAAUAAAUCCAGACUGGCUCCCAACUCAUGGUCCUGUGUCUUGACUCUCCUAUUCCAUCUCCACGAGGCCAAAAACUCGAUCCCAUCCGGAGAAUCAAUCAACAUGGCCUGGCGCAGCUCCGGCGCCACCAACGCCGAGCUAGUCGAGAACCUCUGGCGCAACAAGCUCAUCACGCAGCCCCUCGUCAAAUCCGCCUUCCUAAAAGUCGAUCGCGCCCACUACGCCCCCGAACACCCCUACGAAGAUAGCCCCCAGCCCAUCGGCCACCAAGCCACCAUCUCCGCUCCCCACAUGCACGCCCAUGCCGUCGAGACCCUGCUCCCAUUCCUGCUGCCCAAAGUUGAGAGCGGUCACCAGUCCACCGAUGGUGUGGCGAGCGUUAUUGGUCAAGCCGGCCGGCCGAGAAGGGUCCUCGAUAUUGGUAGCGGAAGCGGAUACCUCACACAUGUACUCGCGGAACUGGUAGGCAAGACGGGUGUCGUAGUUGGACUGGAACAUAUCUCCGCGCUGAAAGAACUCGGCGAACGCAACAUGGCCAAAUCCCCCGAGGGCAGGGCGCUACUAGAAUCCGGGCGCGUGCGCUUCCGCGUAGGCGACGGGCGAAAGGGGUGGUCGGAGCCGAGUCCGGGGGAUGCGCAGCCAGGUGUCGGGGGCGCCGCGGCGGCUCCAGGCGUAACAAAGGAGCAAGACAAGAAAGACGAGGCGGGCGGCUGGGACGCGAUACAUGUAGGUGCUGCGGCGACGGUGCUGCACGAGGAGCUAGUGAGACAGCUGCGCAGCCCGGGGCGCAUGUUCAUACCUGUUAAUGCGGAUACCAGCUGGGAGCAGUAUAUCUGGACCGUGGAUAAGGACGAGCAUGGGGAUGUUAAGAAGAAGAAGCUGUAUGCGGUUAGGUAUGUGCCGCUUACGGAUGCGCCGAAGUGAGGGGGGGGUGUAUAUCUGGUAUACUAGUUGGAAGUCUUGGUUUGCCGAGUUUAGUUUAUGUGUUGUCGGGAAGAGAUGGAAGACUCCUUCACAUCACACCCCUCCUAUUCUAAGGUUAGUAAAGAAAGUAUUCGCAAAGCUGGGCAUCUUGGGUGAAGUAGUAUACCUGAUACCUGAUGCCUGCCAGCUAUUUAAUUCAACAUUAUCCAAUUUAGUUAUUUGGACGAAUUGCUCAUUAGCGAAACCUGCUGUCAGUAUGGCAGUAAAAAGAGUCUAGUUACGGCGGUUCCGUUAUAAGUGUAGG